AUGGGCAGUUUGUGUACAAAGUGACAUAGCAUGAUUCUUAUUUCUUAGACGAAAACUUGUAUCUUUUCAUUGGAGAUAAUUAGAAGGUGACCAAUGUCCUCAGCCGGGGACACCGAGGACAGCCUGUCUCGAGAUUGUAGGCUGUCAAAUUAAAUCGUAGCAUCUUUCGAGUGAUUUCAUUGAAUACUUUGGAACACGUGGUGUUAUGAUGAUAUUCCAUACAACGAGUAAGUGCGGCUACUGUCACAGUGGAAGAAAGAGCAAUUAGGACAUUCCCGGCAUCUGGCACUACAGGAAAAAAGACAUGCAGUGGAGUCGGACACUGUAAUUAUAGUGUGCAUGUAAUGCAGACAAGCUGUAAAUUUGACAAGAAUAUUGUCUGACAUAUUUAUCGUUAUAUACCAAAGCCUAGGACUUAUCAAACAGAUCAGGGCCAGACUAACUGUUAUUCUAAGCGGAUAUUACAAGAAGUCAACGUUACGUGUGAAUGGCGCCCAACUGAGAGAAUUAACCAACGCUUGGCAGGCAAAUCGACCAAUAUAACUCACUAAAUGCAGACUAAUAUAUCUAGUAUAUACAUUAUAUUUGCGUUAUUUCAAUAAGUCUAAGUCGUACAUAUUUCAUGGUGGAUUAAUAACACACUAAGGCGGUUGUAAACGGGUGUUAGCACCGAUCUGACAUCGCUGAAUCUAAAGGAAUGUCUUAGGACCUUGCUCUGUCCGCGAGAACGGCCAUUUAGAAUGACACAGAAUGUAAACAGAGCGAUCAAUGAGAACAGUUCACGAAGGUUUCAUCCUAAAGGCACAUAUUUGAAAGUGUGUGGGGACGCAGUGGUCGUUUCGUUUUUAAAAUUCUGUGGUGGAUAUAUAGCAACCACGAAAGCAGGCGUUUGAAUGGAGCUAUCUUUGGCUAUCGGCCUACAACAUUGGUCUCGUCGAUAAUAUAUGGAUUUUUACUCGAUCGGACGGACAUCUUCGAAGGAUUCAUGUAUCUUCAGACUAACUUUAUCAAAAGACACUCACAAAGGUUGUUUCGGGUUCUCUUUGCAACUUUUAGUAUUUCAUUAGCGUGGUUAUACAAUGCUUAUCAUUUACAAUGAAAACACUGGAUAUUCGGCAAUAGGCGAUACCCUCCAUGCGCUGUAGGAAAGAUUAAAGUCUCUUCAAAUUAUCUUUCGGAGUACCAAUCGAGAAAAUGAACGACAACAGACGAACGAACGGGAUAAAGAAGAGCUUCAUCUGGGAUAACUUUCGGGACACGAAAAAACUUCUCAUGCGCCGUCGCUCAAUGCCUUACAUUCAGUUAAUUGAGAAUCAGGAAGCACAGACGCCGAGGAAUGAUCCUACUGGGGGUAACACUAAUAUACGGAUGCUGAGCGGUAUAUAUUCACAGACUGAGCCCCUCACCAGCAGGUCCGGUCUGGCGGAAUCCCUGUCCUUACCAGCUGCCAAUAAGGGACGAACUUACACUUAUGACCAGCCAAAAUCAUCCGGGGCGCUACCUCGAACCGCAGGGACACCUGCCUCAGCGGACAGGCGAAGGAAAAUAUCUCUACCUCAUCCGAACACGAUUUGUUUAACCUGUAGCAAACAGCGUACAAUCAGACGAGCGCGCACCACUGGAUGUUUAAAUUUGGACCGCGCGCAGACGGCCGAUGUCCGGUGGGACGAUGAUGGGUCCGUGAGGUCUUCGGGUAGGCCGCAAACCCGUUCCGAGGUCUUACGGAAUGAGGCCCUAAACCAGGAAAGUGCUGUGAAGCGGACUGAUAGUUCGGGACGUAUCACUACAGCACGGGUGCCAAAGACUCCAAUCACUACGCCUAUUUCUAGUGACGUUGACGCUGGAAAUGAAAAACCUGAUACCGGAACUUCCGGUCCGGAAAUUGAAACCACUGUAAGUGAUAAAUGUCGCAAAGCGGAAUCAAAAUACGCUGGUUCAAGGGAGAAUGAACAGAAAAAUGGAAGAACUGAAACGCGUGAAGCAAACGCGGUUACCGCACUCUCGACAGAAACUAUGAAAAAGCGUGAUAAGCGAUUUGCGGUUGGCUCCGAUGCUGCGAUAGCUGAAAAAGUGUUAGUUUGGAUGGAAACAUUGCCGGAAAAAUUCUCUGGUCUCAAUCCUUUACAAAUAAUUCCAACGUAUGAGCCGCCGCAGCGAGAAAGGAGUAUAAAUGAUGAGGAAUACUAAAUGGCAUUCAAACAAAACGCGUUGGUCGUUCACAGUGACUGCAUAAACGUACAAAGGGGUUACUGUUAACCUCAGAAUUUGCCUAGGUAAUGAGGUGAUAACCUUCACCUUCUGAACAGUUUUAUAUCUUCGUUUUGCCACUCUGAGAAAACACUGGUCAACGAACUGUUUCGAGCCUUUCCAUAAAUCCGCCGUGGACUUGGUUGUAGGUCGAUAGACUUCUCUUUCAUGUGCCAAAUAUUCGUGUUCUGACUAGUCUGGUUAGUGUUGUGAUCGUAUUUUUAUGUCUGCAUCCUGCAAGUUUCAUUUGUCAAUGACCAAGAGCCGGGGCAAUUUACAUUGUAAUGUUCUCCAUAAAAUGUAGCUAUGUUUAUCCAACUUAUUUCAUUCGAUAGUGUGCUGCUCAUUAGAUGUGCUGAAGAAGUAAGUAUAUUUUUCCUAUCAUCAUCAUUCCUGCUCUCCGAACAACAGCGACCAAUCUGUCCAACUUUUAAGACUCCGAUGAUCGACAAUUGGGGUCUUAAAGAGUCGCUAAGCAGUUGAGUUGCCUGCUCCCUGUUCGAACAACAGAGAUGCUAAGAAUCGUAUUAUGAGCUCUCUCGUCAAACUAUGGCUUUGGUGGUCAAGCUACGCUUAACCGUAGUUAAAGUGACAGUGAUAGCCCAUUGCAAUGUGUAAUCGGUGAUAUUAUGUUUAUUCGUUGAUAUUUUAUCCAAGCCUUUGUGUCAUUAAAACUUUAUUUUGAUAUACUUUUCAUUCUUUCAAUCUAGAAAGUAUUUCACGCAAGUCUCAGCUGGGCGGAUUUGGCGCGAGACUUCUAAAGUUUGCAAGAU